AUGUCGAACCCUCGAACUUCUACGACAUCCCUCAUGAACGGCCAAGCUACUCCCGACAGUCGCGCGCCUUCCUCACAUCCUCAAUCCGUCGACGAGGUAAUCGCAGACAUCAACGGUGCAAUCGACAAGUUAACCGAUAAAUUUACCACUGCAUCAAAAGAGUUCUUUGGAAGACUGGAUGAAAUCUCCACCCGGCUAGAUGUUCUCGAACAAUCAAUCCUAGCUUCCCAUACCAACGAAUCCGGCGGCACUGCUGCCACUACUGCGAACGGUAACAACGUAGAAGCAGAAUUAGGUGGUGUUCUGGAGAAGAAGGAACCAACCGGAAGCGAUACCGCUACCACUUCUGCCGCGCCAGCGAAUGCCGAGUUCAAGGAAUAG